CCUCGUCACAAGCCAAAACGCCCGGCGAUGACUGAUUCCUUCGAUCCUGCUGGGUCGUGAGACAGAUCUUUUAUUUAUCUAUCUGGCUUGUUGACUCUUCCUGCACGCUGCUGUUGCACAGCGUCCGAGCGAUCACCUCUCUUCUUCGUCCACGCCGGAACGCGGGCUGGAUGACCGAUCAUCGUCGACUCUCUCUCUGCCAGUUGCCUCAGCCGCACGCUGUUCGUCCGCGCCUCGAGUCGGAGCUGUCUUCGCAUAGGACGCUGCCAUCGCUCCUCGUCGAUGACGGCCUCUAUAUUUCCCAACGGCACUCCGGACUCUCUUUCGAACGGCUGAUCUGAAACCUGAUUGCGUGCUGUAGACAUGGGGAACGUCGGGAGUCGUCUGGACGAUUCCGGGAACCUAUUCCUCAAAGAUCAGAACAAAUUUACUAUCUCAGGCGUCACCAUCACGAACUCCCGUGGUCGAGUCUUGCUGCAUAUUGCGCCGAAUUCUUUUCCCGCAGCACGGUACAACGCGAGGCGGGAUGCGGGCGACGACAGUCCGAUCGAAUAUGUGCAGGACCCCGAGCCCCCCGCGGCAGCACCAGUGCCACAUUUUCUACUGCGCCUGACGAACGAGGAUGAGCUCAACUUCCAAUUCUCCUUUGUGAUGAGACAGGUGCAGACGGGCCAGGUGGCUAAUGCUACAGUCAAUGGUGUCUCUACCUCGUUGCCUGGAGCCGUCGACACGCAGCUGACGGGCCUCACGUUCGCGCAUGCGUCGAAUUCGAAGGAACUCGAUAAUCUGAUUACGAGGGAAUUUCACGCAAACCCGAACCUACAGAAUAAUUCAAACGUCCAGCAUGUGGGUGACUUCUCGACGGCGGGAAGUCCGUCGGUGCAGUUCGAAUGGUCGUGGAAGUGGAAGCCGCCGAAGACAACGGAAGACAAAGGUGGUGGCUGGCGAAACAGCUGCAGCUUUCUCGAAUAUGAUCAGAGAGCGAAUCGUCUGAAUACGCUGGCGAACUUCACAUUUUGGGUCCACAGUGUUCAACGUCCACUGCCCAGCCCGCUGUUACCGUCACCCAAUUUCGAACUGACCGUCCCUGGUCGAAAUCGUAUGCCAUCCUCACAGUCUAUCUUCUCUCAGAUCAGUGAACCCGAUAGUGGAUGGUCGCAAUCUCGUGUACCUCCUCCCAACACGCCUCCGGACGCCAAUGAGAGCGUCCCCCCUCCUCCUAUGUCCGCUCCUCCCCCUCCACCCCCUGUGAAAGUUGAUCUUCCUUGCCCUCGCCCUGCAGAGGACAUGAGUGUAGUUGAAGAUGGCCCGUUGUUCAGAGCUACGAUGAAGGCUCUCGAACAGAAAACAGGCAGCAUGCGGCAGAAGAUCAAGAAAGUACUCAAGAAAGCCGAAGCGGCACAGCAAGCACAAGUCUCUUGCAACGAAGCCGUAGGCGCAUUUAUUACGGCUUUAAACGAUGCCUCGACGUCCAAUGCGAAUGCGAUCCAGCCGGCCCUGGAGCAUUAUUUCGAGAAGAUCGCCAAGGAAAUCCUGCACUACGAGCAAUCCAACACCGUUAAUCUACAGAAACUCAUCAUCGACCCCCUGACGAAGCUCUACAACUACGAUAUCAAGCAAGCGGAGGCUAAGAAGAAGGAUUUCGAGGAAGAGAGUAGAGAUUACUACGCGUAUGUUGGUCGAUAUCUCGGCCAACGGCAGGAUUCUUUGAAGGAGAAGAAACGCGCGGAGAGUGAUUCAAAGUAUCAGAUCAAACGUCGGAAUUUCGAGCUGAAGCGAUUCGACUACUCUUCAUUCAUGCAAGAUUUGCAUGGAGGAAGAAAGGAGCAAGAGGUGCUCUCCCAUCUGACAAAAUAUGCCGACACGCAGGCAAGGACUUACCUUGAAACCGCCAAAAAGAUCGAGGAAAUGAUCCCGCAGUUGAAGGCUCUCAUCCAUGAAGUCGAUCAGGCGGACAAAGAGUUCCAGUUCCAGAGAACUGAGAGAGAGGAAAAACGCAGAGUUCUGGAGAAAAGUACAAAGAUGUACGUCGAGCCUGACAGUUUCUCCAAUCCCGGUGCAAGUGUUCCAGCAGCGGGCAAUGGCAGCGGCGCCCAAGUUUCGGAUUCGGAUCUUGGUCGCGCAGAUAGUACGGGCUCCCAACUGCGGCAUGUUCCUAGUAACAACUCCUCGAACUCAGCGCAAAACGUGAAUCUGGGAGCACCGUCCGGCAGCUCCUUAACUUCACCCGUUGGUUCAAUAGUAUCACCAGGCCAGAAUCGAUUCAAAGGCAUCCGCGAUUUGGAAGAGCCAGUGGUUGCAGGUUCCGACAAGUGUGGGGGCGCGCAAAGGAAAGAAGGGCUACUCUGGGCACUGUCUCGGCCCGGGUCACAUAUCGAUCCCAAGGGGAUCAAUAAACAGGCUUGGCAUAAGUUUUGGAUUGUCCUUGAUCAGGGCAAGCUUUCCGAGUAUAGUAAUUGGAAACAAAAGCUCGACUUGCAUAUGGAUCCUAUAGAUCUGCGCAUGGCAUCUGUGCGGGAGGCGCGAAACGCAGAACGCCGAUUCUGCUUUGAAGUCAUCACUCCUUACUUCAAGCGCAUAUACCAGGCGACGUCGGAAGAGGAUAUGAGCAACUGGAUUACAGCGAUUAAUAACGCUUUGCAAAGCGCAGUCGAAGGUCGUGGCAUACCUCCAGCGGCGCCGCCCUCAUCAAGAUCAGAGAGCUCCUCUAUCCGCCACGAUAUAGGCUCUGUGCUUACCGGCAAGAGUUCCUCUUUCUCUGGCCAGCACUCUCAUUCUUCCGCAUCGAAUCAUCAUAAUAAUAAUAAUUCGGUCGGUCGCCGAACCACUGUUGGGGCGCGACCAAGCUACAUCCGCAGUGACAGCAACAGCUAUGAAGAGAACCCAGCAAAGCUACUGCAGACCAUUCAGGAAGCCGAUCAAGGUAACAAUUGGUGUGCGGAUUGUGGCUCAACGUCCAAGGUAGAGUGGGUUUCUAUCAAUCUCGGUAUUAUUCUUUGUAUCGAAUGCAGCGGCAUUCACCGGUCUCUCGGUACACAUAUAUCGAAGGUUCGGUCGCUUACGCUGGAUGUCAACUCAUUCUCGAACGACAUUGUGGAGAUACUUCUUCAGAUCGGCAACCGUGUGAGCAACAUGGUGUGGGAGGCGACGUUGGAUCAAUCUACCAAGCCGACGGCACUCUCGACUCGUGAGCAGCGACUGAAGUUCAUCACUGCGAAAUACAGUGACAGGGCUUAUGUUCAGCCGUUGACUGCGGGCCAGUCACGCUACGCCACUCCUGACGAAACACUGCUUGCGUCAAUCAAGAAGAAUGACAUCCAGGGCGUGUUAUACGGCAUCGCGCUGCGGGCGAAUGUCAAUGUGACGGAUCGCUCUCGUAACACUCACGCUGUUUUUCUUGCAUUGGCAGCAGCCGAUCCUGCAGCUCCUGGCUCGACCCCAAACGCCUUAUCGGCUAAGCAGGCACCUCCAAAGGCGAUUCCCUUCCCCAUCGCCGAGCUUCUGGUCCAAAAUGGAGCAGAGGUGCCCUCUACACCUCCCCCCAUCUUGUUGUCGCCUGCUGCCCAGCUCUAUCUCAACCAGAGGACGGCUAGGGCGCCCAGCAUCAUGCCUCCAACUGUAUCGCCGAACGGCAAAGACGGAGCCCAGACGAUGAGUUCAUUGCCUCUAACUCGCAAAGGUUCCGUAAGCGAACAGUCGGAUCACUCAGCAUCUCAGGCGCUAGCUCCGCUAGACGGAAAGGAGCGCGAAAAGUUGCACAAGCGAGGCAGCGCAGGCGCCAGGUUUGCGGGCAAGGUCGCAUCUCUUACUGUUGAUCGUUAAGGCCACAGGCAGCGUAGCCUCGGCGCAAGUAAUUAUACCUAACUUCUACUUAAUGUGUCUUCUGUGACAUAAUUCAUUGUC